UUAUUGUAAACCAUUUCUAAAUUAUUAGUUCAGAAGCCAAACUAAAACUUUUAGCUGAUUAUGUUUGUGCUUUUGUGUUUAAUUUGUUUGCUUGUGUAUUAUUGUGUUGUGACUUUCAGCAUGUAUGAUUCAGUUUUAUUUAUACAAUCCCAUCCUUUCCCAUGUUUUUAGUUUUUGCUUGUUUGGUUUUGGUCCUAAUAAUACUCAAUAUUUUUAGAUUGGACUCGGCUGUCCUUGUUCUAGUCGCAGAUGAUGGUGCUGGCAUUCACAAACAAAGAUCUAUGUAUCACUGGGAUAAGAGGAGUAAAAAGUACAUCAAGUUAAACAAUGUUGAUCAUGGUGCUGCAAACGGAAAGAUAAAGACAGAGAGUGGUGCAAAAAUGAAGGCCACCAAGACUGGUUUGUAUAAGAAGUGGAAAGAAUGUUCACAUGGUAAGAUAUCGCUUAGAGGGACAAACGACGGUGAUCCUCAGGAAUCAACAAGUUUGGCAGGGGAGGGAGAAGAGAAUUUGGGUCAAUGGAAGAGUGAAUUCACUCAGGUAGCUCCAGCACCAGGGCCUAAAGGUGUGGAUGUUCUUAUUCUGGCGGCAAACAGGACCAAUAGACCUGACAUUCUGCGAGGAUUCCAACGCUAUCGAGGUGGUUGGGAUAUUGCAGAUCAGCAUUAUUGGGCUUCUGUUGGAUUCACGGGUGCAGCUGGUUUUAUUCUUGCUGCCUUGUGGUUUAUCUCGUUUGGCUUGGCGCUUGUGAUUCAUCUAUGUUGUGGAUGGGCAAUUACCAUAAAGGGCAAAGGAUCAAAUCAUUCACAAAGGAUUUGUCUUAUACUGCUUAUAUCAUUCACUUUUGCUGCUGCGACUGGAUGUAUCCUCCUUUCUGUUGGGCAGGAUAAAUUUCAUGGUCAAGCCUUGGACACCCUUCAUUAUUUUGUCAAUCAGUCAGAUUAUACAGUGCAAACUCUAAGAAAUGUCACAGAGUAUCUCUCCCUUGCAAAAACUAUCAAUGUCACUAGGAUUGUUCUUCCAUCUGAUGUCAUGGAGGGUAUUGACAAGCUGAAUGUGGAUCUAAAUACUGCAGCAGACACACUUUCUGAGAAGACAAAUGAAAAUUCAGUAAAAAUUCGAAGAGUAUUCAAUGAUGUGCGUCUAGCUUUGUAUGUUGUAGCAGCUGUGAUGCUCCUGUUGGCUCUUGUUGGGCUAGUCCUUUCUGUCCUUGGAUAUCAGCACGCAAUCCUCAUAUUUGUUAUCACUGGAUGGUUACUGGUUGCUACCACGUUCAUUCUUUGUGGAGUAUUCAUGAUCCUUAAUAAUGCGAUUUCUGAUACCUGCAUGGCUAUGGGAGAAUGGGUGGCAAAUCCACACACCGAAUCUGCUCUUAGUAAUGUCCUUCCGUGUGUUGAUCAGAGUACCACAAACCAAACACUCUUCCAAAGUAAGCAAGUGGUCACCAACAUUGCAAAUGUUGUCAAUGAAUUCAUCUAUAAUUCUGCAAACCUAAAUAUAACACAAGGAAGUCCUGGCUACUACAAUCAGUCUGGGGCUGUAAUGCCAUCUUUAUGCUACCCUUUUGACUCUCAGCUUCAAGAGCGUCAAUGUACAGAUCAGGAAGUUUCUUCCGCCAAUGCCUCAAUGGUUUGGAAGAAUUUUGAAUGUGAGGUAUCUGAAUCUGGCAUUUGCACUACAGUUGGCAGGGUUACACCAGAGAUUUACUUGCAGAUAGUGGCUGCAGUCAAUGAAAGCUAUGCGUUAGAACAUUACACCCCACCUUUACUUAGCCUUCAGAAUUGCAAUUUUGUGAGAGAUGCAUUCACAAAAAUUACUUCAAGCUACUGUCCUCCAUUAAACCACUACCUCAAGAUUAUCAAUGUAGGACUUGCCCUCGUUUCAGUUGGUGUUCUGCUCUGCCUUGUUCUUUGGAUACUCUAUGCAAACCGCCCCCGAAGAGGGGAAGUGUUUGAGAAGUCAUCCUUGGCAGAAACCGCCACAAAUUUACCCUUGACAAAUGCAAAUAGUGAUGUAUAGAUUGUAAAAUAAAAGUCAGUUGAUAAAGUAGAGUUUAUUGUUUUAGAGUUCCCUACUAUGUAUCGGGAUGAAACAAAGGUGCUGCGAAGCUGCAUCUGAGCUUGAAAGGAAAAGCCAAAGCCAGUCUACUGCAACAUUUUGUCCAUAUAAAGAAAGCAAUUUCAUUUUUGUUUUUA